AUGAGUUUUAAUUUACCGAACCCGUCUCUACUCGGGCUUAUACUUGUAAUCUCAACACAUAAUGGACCUCAAUUAGUCUUCAAGUAUCCGAACAAUUUGGCGGUUAAGCCACAAGAUGAAGAGUUGGAAAAUGACGAGUAUAGGGCUGACGAUUCAGAUUCGGACACAGAGUCUUCUGAAGAUGAAUGGGACACCAGACACUAUAAUUUCUAUUCUGGUACCAAAAAAGAUAUCCUACUGUUUCUAGAUGAUCAAGAUAAACACAGAAAUAUCAAAAGCGACAAGGCUUCUCCCAAACCCCCCAGAACUUUUCAAGAAAAUAUAGGACUAGGCAUAAAGAAUUUGGGUGAUUCUCAGAGUAAUAACUCCAAAGUUAGCAUUGGUCGACCGGAAUCUACCACUAUAUUUGGUAUUGAACAGGACUAUCUUAUAGAGAUGCUAUGUCCACCGAAGGAGAUGUGUAACUCUCGGUUUGAAAUCAACAUCGAUGACUACAUUUUCUCUGGAUUACCUGUUCACUGCUACGAUAAUGGUACUUGGAGAAAGAAGACAAAAAUAGCCAGUAACACUGAUAGCACUAACUUGGACGAUUCUGUGGAUUCCCCCAGAACGACAACCUCAAUGACACUGUUCCACUUGGUCUUCAUUGCCAAGCCCCCAGUGAUUGAAAGCAACUAUAGAAUUGAUGAAAUGUACCAUUAUGUUGUUUCGAGGCUAUCAUUAGUAUUGAGACAUGAACAACUGAAACAUGACUAUGUGUGGUCACAAGUCAGAUUGAUUUCCAAGCUCAAAGAAGACUUUAAGAAUCAAAAUAUCUUCCAUGACUUGACCAGCUUUUUGAAUGAUAAAUCUUCGUUAUGCAAACUAAUCUCAGACUGUUAUAAUGCUAUUAGCAGCUCUCAGAUUGCAAAUUUGUCCAUCAAUAGUAAGUUGAGGUCUUUCCAGAUUCCUGUUAAAACGGAGUUCUACUCCAUACCCGAUUCCACCGUUCCGUACUUACCAGGCUCCCAUUUAUCCUCAACCGUUAAUAUGAUAGGAAAAACAGGCUUGAUCAAUGUUGGUGAAACCGCUAGGUAUGAUAUUGAUGAGUUGAAUGAUGAAGAUGCUGACUCUUCUGCUGAUGACAUCAUUUAUCUCUCUUUACUUCUAUUAGACGACCCCGAAAGAAUUAUCACCGAUAUAAAGGCUGAAUCAGAUUCAACCUUGGCUAGUUUCAUCAGAAUGAUCAAGCCAACAGAAACGUUGUUGAGACUCAGCCAUAAAUUGAAGGCUGACUCUAGUUUGAUGUCGCUUGACAUAUCCCAAAUUAAAUCCUUUGCAUUCCACUUAAUUUAUUGGAGGAGAGCAAGAGCAAUUCCACCAUUGAAUACUAGAUCACUGUAUAUUGUUUCCCCUAUGGCACCUAUUACGACUAACAUGUAUGAAGAUAUUGCAGAGUUCAAAAAAGCGUUUUCAACAAUGCCUUCUUUACCCCAAUUUCUCAAGCUAUUGUCAUCACCAACUAAAAAGCCCAGACAGUUUGCUACAAUUAUUCCUUCCAAAGACCAUAGGGAAAUCUACCUCGAUGCAUUAGCAUGGCUUAUACGGUUUGGGUAUGUCACCAAACUAAAUACAUUUAUAUGGUUGAAAGUGUCGAAGAAGGUGAAAAUUAAGGUCGAAGAAGACAUGGAAAAUGAAGCAUUAAAUAUGAAUUUCAAAACGUCUGAAAGAAAAAAGGCAGUUCAAGGCACCGAUAACACCUCCAAAGUAGUGGAGAAACCUUCUUUAAGUAAUGUUUCUAACCCCAGCUCGUAUGAAAAAGAUAUCGAUGAUAUCGUAAUGGGGAUUAAGAAUAUCAAUCAGGGACCAGAAAUUGUCUUAGAAGAUGAUGAAGAUACAAUUAUUCUUGACCCGGCUAGAGCAAAUGCAUUGGAGAGAAGGUGGAUAAACAAAGUUGUCACAGAAGAAUGUAAGCUUUCUCCCGAAUUGACUGUCAUAUUUUUCAGUUUAUUGAAGUAUAUGAACGGAAAAAACUCUCUCGAAUUGAUUCUUUUGAAAGAGAAUAUCCCCAGGAACGAUUUCAGAAGACUUCUUAUACAAAUUGAGGAUCACUUGAUUUCUGUCAGACAUUGGUAAAUUAGUUUGUACUAUGACUUAUGAAAAAUUCAAAAUAUAUACAUAAUAUACACCUGCUCACUCGAAGUUAUCUUCUUGAUCAGCCUCUAAUGGGUUAGCUUCAAUUUCAUUGAAUUGACUGAAAUGAAUUGGUCGAUGGAAUUCAUGGUAGUAAGGCAAUGGAAUGUCUACUUUCAAGUCAAAUUCAUUCUUUGCACUCCAAAGUUGUCCUAAAAAUGCAAAAUUCCAAAUGUUAUCAUCUGGAACCAUAAAAGAGCCCACAAUUCGGUCAGAAAGAACUAGUUGAUUCUUAACACUAAAUGCAGAGGAGUAUCCUGGUGGUGACAUGGAUAACAAGUCUUUGUUUGACUUGCCCCACUCAUAACCUUCCUCAUUCAAUGUGUAAGAAGACAAAGUCACAGACCCAGGAGUAAAUGCAACAGUUAAAGUCACUUUAUCUUUACUCCAGAAAGGAUAGUUUCGUUCAAAUUUGGAGAUAGUAUUGAUAUCCACGGGUGUGAGUGCUUUAUAAUCUGUAGACUGGGUAUGAAUCCAACCAAGCAAUUCUAUGUCAUUGAUACUUGGAGAUUCGUUUGGGAAUUGAAUUGAAUGGGUGUUACCUAAUUGAGGGACCAUAACAAUUUUUUGAAUUUCUAUGACUGGUGAGUUGGGAUCUGGCGACUUACCAUAGAUAAAACCACCGAUCUGACUUCUUGAGUCAGAAAUCUGUACAAACUUCCUCAAGAGAUUCUUUGGCAUCACAUACACAGUACUAUCAUCAUCCAUUAUUUCGUCACUUGAAACAAAGAUAUUCUUUGUCCUCAAGUGCAAGCUAUUUGACUCAAUAGCUCUACUUCUCCAUUCGUUUCUGGAAAUGAAAGACAGUUGUUCGUAGUUGGUUGUUGUAAUAGUGACAAUUUCUUCCCCUUGGGCAUUUUGAGUGGUUGUCUUCAAAGCAGUUAAUUGUUGAUUGGCAUUGGACCCUUCUUCAGGUUUUUUGUUCUCUUCGAUGUCUGCCAUCUGUUGUCUUUGAGCUGAAGGAGCAUUGAUGUCUUGCCCCAAAAUCAAAUCACGGAUCUCAGACUUGGUCAACGAUUGAAUAUUGAUGUUGUAUUUGUUUGCAUAAUCAUUGAGAAUAAGAUCUCUUAAUUGUGUCUCUACAUCAAUCCACUGUUCAUCUGUGAAAGAUGGCCAAAUAUGAUGUUCCUCUGUAAUUAUUGAGGCAUCGGGUCUCAAAAUCAAGUUUGUUCUCUCUUGACUU